AUGAUCGAAGACAUGUCAGUAUCAGAAGUGAAGUCUCCUCAGUGCAACCAGCCUCACAUACCAUGGAGGAAAGCAGACGACAUAUCAAACGACGCUUUUAAUCCCGGAGUUUCGCUGCAGGCCGGCUUCACGGAACGAUAUUGCCCUUAUUUUACGCUAUCCGGAUUGAACUACUCUCCAGAUAUCUACCUGAAGGUUCAGAACGAUAUUAAGUCACUGGUUUCUACUGAAAUGUUGAGUCCGGAACCGAUCAUUGAAGCUGUUUGUGUCUUGGCCAAUACUUGCGACUGGUAG